ACGCUUAACCAGUAAAUGCAAGAUGGCGAAAAUACAACGGAAAUUACAGUAAUAUAUACAUAUAAUGAAACAUUUAGACAGGGAAUAUAACUACUUACUAUAUCAACACCCCUUAGUGUCAGCACCUAAAGCGUGUCAACCAAGAUGGAGGAUGAAGACACAACGCUGGUAGGCUUUGAUAAAGUUCUACUGUUAUGAGAAGUUCUUCAGUCACGCUGUAAACGCUGCAUCUGCUGCUCAAAAGAAAUACAGCAAUGAUCCAGUUUACAGUUUUUUCCACGCAUACGGAACUCUUAUGCAAGAUCAAAUUGAAGAAGCCACAGCAGAGCUGAACACAAUACGAGAUGAUCGAGAGUUGUCUCUGUGCACAUUAAUGGCUCUUGUCUAUGCAGAGAAAAGAAAGCCAACCCCAGACAGAGAAAUUAUUCAGGAACUUGAUGCUAAGGUCAAAGAAGAUCGUAAAAGUGCACCUCCCAAGAGUCUGUACCAUGCUGGGACCUUCCUCUGGCUAUUGGGGCGGAAUGAUAAAGCAAGGGAGUACACAGAAAGAAUGAUCAAACUCUCCAAUGGCUCUAGAGAGGGAAUCAUUUUAAAAGCCUGGAUAGAUGUUACAUCUGGGAAAGACGCCUACACCAGGAAGGCUGGAAAAUACUUUGAUGAAGGAUUGAAAGAAAGAGCUGAUGUUUUUGCCCUGAUGGGAAAGGCACACUACUAUGAAUACCGUCAGAACUACUCUGGAGCAUUAGAGAUGGUUAACCAAGUCAUAGUGAGUUGCCCGGGUUUCUUACCUGCUCUCAUUAAGAAGAUGAAACUUUUGCUAAGCCUUCAAGACUGGGACCAAACCAUAGAUGCAGCACACAGGCUUUUACAGAAAGAUAAAAAUAACCUGGAAGCACUACGAAUGUUAGCUCUGCAUUCUUUAUGUCGAGACGGUGAUAUAACUGAGGCAGUGAAGCAGCUUUCAAACCUCAUCAGCAGCUUAGAGAUGCUGGAACCACACAACCCAGAGCUGUUCUACCGAAUGUCUCUCGCCUUUACCCGCGUUUGCGGACGCAAUGAAAAGGUGAUUGAGCAGACAUUCAGAAUGGUGGAAAGAGCCUUCUCUGUGGCAUCAGAUGAACCAGAUUUAGCUACAGAGUUGGGCUACCAGAUGCUGCUUCGGGGCAGAAUCAAGGAGGCUAUGAAGUGGUACAAGACUGCUAUUACCAACAGGGAAAAGGCUAGCGUUGCGGCUUUGACUGGUAUAGCUCAUUGCCAGCUGAUGGAGGGGCAGCUUGAAGAGGCAGAAGAACAGUUGGAAUUUUUUGCUGAGAUUCAACAAUCCAUUGGGAAAGGGGAACUUUUGUAUCUAAGGGCGGUGUUGGCAGUGAAAAAACGCCGGUCACAGGAAGAGGUGACCAACCUGCUGAAUGAAGCUGUGGAUGCACACUUCUCUUCACUUCAGGGUCUGCCUCUCGGAGUCGAGUAUCUAGAGAAAAUGAACCCUGACUUCCUGUUGGAUGUUGUCAAAGAGUAUCUUGCUCUGUGUCCCUCUAAGGCCCCUGCUCCUGGACAACCUCCUGCUCCUCAGCUUCAGCACUGUGCCACAUUGUUGGAUACCGUGGUUAAAAUCGUGCCAGGUCUCCUUCAUGCUGUCUUCCUGUUAGCCAAAGUUAGAUAUCAGUCUGGGGACAUUGAUGCUGCUCAGAACAGUCUACAGCACUGCCUGGACCAGUGUCCAUCUCAUGCAGAAGCUCAUCUGCUAAUGGCCCAGAUCCAUCUGCUGCAGGGUAACGUGAUGCUGUGCACCCAGUCUCUUGAACUCUGUCUCAGCCAUAACUUUGAGAUUCGAGACCACCCAUUGUACCACCUAAUUAAAGCUCAGGCUAAGAAGAAAAUGGGUGAGCUUGCAGAGGCUAUUCAGACACUGCAGAUGGCUAUGAAUCUUCCAGGUGUCCGUAGAGCUGGAUCAUCGUCCAAGUCUAAGCACAAGAAGACAGAAUUGAACUCUGCCGACUGUGUAUCCAUCUUUUUGGACUUAGCUGAAGCUCUGUGGCUCAGUGGAAAACAGCAUGAAGCAGCAAAGGUGAUGCAGGAUGCCAUCAAUGAGUUCUCUGGAACCCCUGAGGAGCUACGUGUCACUAUUGCUAAUGCAGACCUGGCCCUGUUGCGGGGUGACAUGGAGCUGGCGCUGAGUAUGCUGAGAAACAUCACCCCAGAUCAGCCUUAUUACAUCCAAGCUAAAGAGAAAAUGGCAGACAUAUAUCUAAAGCACAGAAGAGAAAAACGGCUAUAUGCAAGCUGUUACAGAGAAAUGGUGGAGAAGUUGCCCAGCCCUCACACAUAUCUCUUACUCGGGGAUGCCUACAUGAACAUUCAGGAGCCUGAGAAAGCCAUUGAGGUUUACGAGCAGGCUCUGAAGAAAAACCCCAAAGAUGGAGCUUUAGCCAGUAAGAUUGGAAAAGCCCUUGUCAAGACUCACAACUACGUUAAGGCGAUUAAUUACUAUGAAGCAGCCCUGAAGAGUGAGCAACAGAACUUCCUGCGUUAUGACCUGGCUGAGCUUCUGAUGAAGAUGAAGCAAUACGAGCGCUGUGAGAGAGUCCUGCAGGAAGCUCUGGCUCAUGAACCAGUGAAUGAACUUCCUGCACUCUCAGAUGAUUGUCGUUAUCUGGUCCUGUUGGCAAAGAUCCAAACUAAAGUUGAGAAGAAUGACGAAGCUUUACUUUCUCUACAAAGAGCCCGAGAUGUGCAGGCUAAGGUGCUGAAGCGCAUGCAGUUGGAGCAGCCUGAUGCUGUCCCCACACAGAAGCAACUUGCUGCUGAGAUCUGCGCUGAGAUUGCCAAACACUACACAGCUCAGAGGGGCUAUGAGAGAGCAGUCAAAUUCUACAAAGAAGCUCUUGUGUAUUGUGAGACAGAUCGCAAGGUGAUGCUGGAGUUGGCACGGUUGUACCUUACUCUAGACGACGUUGAUGCAUGCCAGGAGCAGUGCAGUAUAAUUUUGAAGAAUGACCAGUUUAACGAGGAUGCAGCUCUGAUGAUGGCAGACAUUAUGUUUAGGAAACAGGACUAUGAACAGGCAGUUUUCCAUUUUCAGCAACUCUUGGAGCGCAAACCAGACAACUAUCCAACUCUGUCACGUCUCAUUGACUUGUUGAGGAGAGCUGGUAAGUUGGAAGAAGUCCCCAGAUUUCUUGAUAUGGCUGAAAAACAUUCUUCUAGGACGAAAUUUGACCCCGGCUUUAACUACUGCAAAGGCCUUUAUCUGUGGUACACAGGCGAACCAAAUGAUGCUCUUCGACACUUUAAUAAGGCUCGGAAAGACAAUGACUGGGGUCAAAAUGCUGUGUAUAACAUGAUUGAAAUCUACCUCAACCCUGACAAUGACACGAUUGGAGGAGAAGUGUUUGAGAAUUUGGAUGGGGAAAUUGGCAACUCCACAGAGAAGCAGGAGUCCGAGCAGCUUGCUGUUAGAACAGCCGAGAAGCUGCUGAAGGAGAUUAAGCCUCAGACGCUGGGCGGGCAUGUACAGCUACGCAUUCUGGAGAACUACUGCUUGCUUUCAACUAAACAGAAGGCCAAUAUAGAGAAAGCCCUUAGUGUUUUCACAGAGGUUGCAAACAAUGAGACAGACCACGUACCGGCGCUGCUGGCCAUGGCAACGGCUUACAUGAUGCUCAAACAAACUCCUCGAGCCAGGAACCAGCUUAAACGCAUUGCUAAGAUGAACUGGAACAUUGCUGACGCUGAUGAGUUUGAGAAGAGCUGGCUGCUUCUGGCAGACAUAUACAUCCAUUCAGGGAAGUUUGACAUGGCCGGGGACCUUUUAAAGAGAUGCCUCAAUCAUAACAAGUCAUGCUGCAAAGCUUAUGAAUAUCAGGGAUACAUCAUGGAAAAAGAACAGGCUUUCCGUGAUGCAGCACUCAACUAUGAACUGGCUUGGAAAUAUGGAAAUCGGACUAACCCAGCAAUUGGAUACAAGCUUGCUUUUAACUACUUAAAAGCAAAGAGGCAUGUUGAUGCCAUAGAUGUGUGUCAUAAGGUUCUUGCUGCUCAUCCAAAUUAUCCAAAAAUGAGAAAGGAAAUCCUGGACAAAGCUCGAGCUGCCUUGAGAUCUUAGUGUUGACUUGUGUGUGCCUCCGUGUGUGCAUGCGAGAGAAAAAGAGAAAUGGAUAUAAAAGCAACAUUUAUGUAAUAAAAUGAGUUCACUUUGAGCAAAUCGGCUUUUGUUUAGACUUUGCUGUCAAGUUUAAAAUAGGCAGUUAUUUGUCUUAUUUCUUUGGGAAGAACCUCAAAUGCAUUGCUAUGAUCAUUUUUCUGAGCAUAUUAAAAGCUGGUUGCUGGCAAUCCAAAGAGAAAACACAAGUCCAAAUAGGAUAACCUCAUUAAUAGUCUACUUAUCGAGAGUGUGUUAACUUAGAGGAGUGAUUUGAUUUGGUGAUUAUAGAAAAAGUGGUUGCGGUUUGCCACUAUUGCCUCUAGUCAUUUAUGUGUCUUUCUUUGUAUUCAGGCAUGUGCACAACUGAAGCUUACAGAUAUAAAACAAAUAUAAAAAUGUUUUUGCAAAAAAACAAAUGAGAACCACAUCGGGAAAUCUUAAGAACGUUUAACAUGUAUUUAUUCAAAUGUGUUUAUUUUAUGUUAAACAUUUUGAAUGUGUAGAGAAUUGUCUUGUUUGCAUUCUUUUUCAUUUUUAAAUAAAGUUAUUUAGAUAGGCCUA